AAUUCAAGUGAAAAUGUUUAUGGAAAGCUUUCGGUCGUAACUCUUGAUUAGGGAAUGAAACCGUUUUUUUUAACGGUAACAUUUGAUCAUUUAAAUGGCCUUAAGUCAACCUAACCCUUCAUCAUUUUUAAACAUCCAAUCGUCAUCUAAUCGUCAUUCAGUCAUCAUUUAGUCCUUCUCAUCUCAGCUCGUCUUCAUCAAUACACUUCAGUGAUACAUUCAACAUAACCUUUCAACUUGCAACCAAUAUCAGUUUUUGAACAAUUUUUUGAGUGUUUUCGUGUGUGUUCACCUUUCAAGCUUUUGUUGUAACUAAUCAAUUGUUUCAAAUCGUCAAUUCAAUUGUUUGAUAAUUAAUAAUAGAAAGUGUUGACUUAAGUUCAUUGAACAAUACAAAUCAAGGGAUAAUUGUUACUUGCCGAGUUCACAGUUUCACUUUUUUGUUAUUUUCUUGUUACAAAAAUCCAUGUUAAUCAAGGUUACCAAGAAACAAGGGAUUGACCUAAAUACAAUUAAGUUUAACUGUUAUACAAAACAAAAGGCCAUCAAGACAUUUUAACCAACACAGUUACCAAGUAUUAUCAUAGUGAUCAAGUAUUAAUAUAAAUAUACAUAAUAUAUAUAUAUGUACACUUUUGGUACAAUCAUUCAUUGAAUUGGAUGAGAACUUGAAAAGAAUGGAAAAAUGAAUUUGAUUAAUUGUAAUUUUCAUUUUAAAAAAUGUGCGAAUAAAAAUUAACCAAUCACAGGAUUAACCAAUGAUUGAAGAGCGAGCCAAUAUGAACCUUACAUCAGCAACAACAAGUUACAUUGUAUCAAGUCAACGUUUAAUCUGGUCAAUUUUUCUGUUAAUUGUUUUAUUUACCAAUUCAAUUGUUUCAAAAUGGAGUUACGAUUCAUCAACAAUCUACUGGAGUGGCUACAGUUGGCGUAUCAAAGAGGGUUAUCGUCGUCCCGGUCCAAAUUAUUUUACCAAUGAUAGUGUUAGUUUAACAAAUGGAACCCUUUCAAUGAUGAUCAAACCUUUACCCGAUGGAAACUGGAGUUCAGCAGAGAUUUACACGGUUCGUUCACUCGGCUAUGGUACCUAUCAGUGGGUAAUCAGUACAGAGACUGGUAAUUUACCAGCUCAGGUAACACUGGGAAUGUUUACAUGGGAAGAUUGGGCCAAAGAAGUUCAUAAUCGCGAGAUUGACAUUGAAUUUGCUAAAUGGGGUAAACCUUCAGAUCCAACUAAUGCUCAGUUUACCAUACAACCUCAUCGUGUUAAAGGAAACAUUAAGAGGUUAACUGUUUUCCCUUCAUCUGGUCAAACAAGAGCAGAGUUUACUUGGUCACCUUGUGGAGUAACUUUCAGAUUAAUCAAGCAGGGUAUCUGUUUUGGUCAACAUCUUAAUCAUACGGACACCAAAUAUCGCAUGUCCAAUGGAAAAGAAAAGGUUCACAUUAAUCUUUGGCUUUGGGCCGGCAAACCACCAGAUACUAAUGGUAAACCAGUAAUUGUUAAUUUUAAAUCAUUCAAUUUCAUUCCACUCGAUGUUACCGAUCCAGAUUAUAUUGUUAGAGGUCGAUCAUCCCCAUUAACCUGGCCAUCUUCAUCAACACCAAUAACAACGCCAGCAACAUCAACGAUAGCUUCUCAGUCAUUUUCAAAUAAUUUGAACAUUGUCAACAACUACCUAGAAUCGCCAGGUAUUUGUGAUUCUUGAUCUCUUUCGCCGCAAUUUCAUUUAUUGGAUUAAAUUAGCUUCUUCAAACUUAUCUUACUGUGCCAUUUCAACAGCUAAUCACUUUAAUCAAUUUUUGUUAAUCAAAGUUUAAAGCCUUUUCUCCUCGUUAAUCGCUUAAUAUUUUAUGCAUUACAUGUUAUUGUAUGUUAUUGUUAAUCUUGUAAAUGUUGUUUGGUCAUAAAGUUUAAUAUUAAAAAA